AUGGCGCUCCCAGCAGCCUGCGAGGCGCACACGCGGCAGCACAACAGCGCCGGUGCUGCGACCGCCGGCGGGCUGAAGGGCGGAGCGUGGGGCUACUGCGCCCAUCUCCGGGCAUAUGGUCUCAAUUUUGAUUUUGGGCUCGCGAACAGCCUUUUGGCGCUCAGGCCGUCAUCGUCCUUCGAGUUUGGGUGUGGCCUCGGUUUGUACACCUCCUGGCUGUACCAAGUCGGGGACGUGCAGCCCGCUAUUGGGGUGGAGCCGAUGCCCAUGCCUUCGUCCAUCUUCCGCGCCGAAUCAGCCUGGCCUCAGCAGCUCGUGAGCGAUCUGCUCAACGAGAGCGCCGGGUCCCAGGAGUGCGUACGCGCACUCGGCCAACAAGACCUUGUCUUCAGUAUCGAGGUGGCCGAGCACAUUCCACGGCAUCUGCAUGCGGCUCUCGCUGAUUUGCUCGUGUCACGCACCCGCGGCUUUCUCGUGUUCAGUGCAGGGCGUCCGGGUCAGCCGGGGAGGGGCCAUAUCGCCAACCGACCGACCGACGAAUGGGAGCGUGAGUUCACGUCACGAGGGAUGAUAUUCCUUCCUCGAACCACUGCGCGCUUCAGGGGCGCGUCGCGCAACGGCGAGAUCAGGAGGAACGUCCGCGUCUUUGCUGCAGCUCGCGCGCAGCUUGGGAUGGCGUUGGAUGCGCCCCAGCCCGGCACCUGGGGCGAGCCGGCACCCUCCGCAAGCCACAGUGCGUACGUGAGCUCCGGGUGCCGCGCUCAGAUGUGGCGGGGGCUCGAGACAACCGCGCACGAUAAGUGCAACGCGACCCAUGCGGUUAGCGGCCGCAAGCUGCUGAGCGUGACACGGCACUACGCCAGCGGGGGCAAGCGGGUUGAAGAGGCUGGCAGGCUGUUCGCCGUGCCUAUUCCCGGCCACGCAGACGGGUCGUCGCAGAGGGCGGUGAAUGACACCGAGGCCAUUUGGUUCCCGCGCCACCGACUGCGUCAGGGAGAGCUAGCGCUCUGGCCCGCCCUUGUCCAGCAGGCAGCGGACGACUGCUGGGGCUACAUGCAACUCUCUUGA